AUGCCGAACGCCAAGGAUUUGCCGAAUGAAGGGACUCUGGAGCAACGCCUACGCCAUUACCUUCGAGCGAAGCAGAACCGCACACAAGUCCUGUUGGCAGAUGACAAGCGUAUUCGUGACAGAAUCAACGAGAUUCAGGCCGAGAAAAUGUUACUCGAGGACGAAUGUAUGUUGCUCGAGGAUGAGCUAGAAAGCAAUCUGAGGCAACGUCUCGAAGAUCGCGAGGGCGAGCCACUUCUGCAGGAGCUGAUGGCAGUGGAGCAAAGCAAAUGUCGUCCGGUAUGCGAAGCUAUGCAGCUGAAACUACCACGCGAAAUUCGCGACAUGAUCUAUGAGCAAGUUGUCGGCCCCCCAGCCUGGCACAACGGCCAACAUACUGUACCUGUGGUAGCAUCGAAGGAUCUCGGUAUCUCGGACGCAUUCAAGCUUGUCAGCAACAGCAUCGGUCUGCUGGCCAGCGGCGGAUAUGACCACUUUGGCAAGGCCACACUUCAAGAGUUGGCGGAGUACUGGUACACAAGAAGUACAUUCGACUUCGGCACAGACUUACAUCUCAUCAAAGCCUUCUUCAACAGUGUUGCAGUCGGUACUAGUUGCAAAGCUCUUGAGAUAGUCCGCCAGUUGGAGAUCACAAUCGACUGCAACGACGAGUUCGAGCCGGAAACCGAGCGACUUCUGGCCCGUGAUCUGGCGGAUCUUACACUACGGAUCCAGCCAGCACGGUUACGAAUUUACCUACGCGACAUCCAGGGCGUUGUGCGCUAUAAUGACGACCGGCUCCUGAUCUUACUACACAAUGUCAGGCAACUGCUUCCGGACCUUCCUGGUUGGACGAUCGAAUUCGUUGUGCACGUGGUCACGAAUGACUGUCGAUUAUCGCGAGGAUGGCAAGGAUAUGCAUUCGAAGAUAUCAUACCAGGGCAUCACGUCAACCUGAUGAUACCUGGGAAUACAGCUAUGUCACUCGAUGAGUGGUCGGACAAGUUCAGACGAGUAAGUGAUGAUCUUACUGUGGCAUCACUAUGCAAGCUGACUUUGGAAACGCAGCUUCGGAAAGAACUUGAACAGUACUACGACGAUAUACUGCACGAAGCAGACGACGAAGACGAAGAAGAGGACGAGGAAUCGGAAGAAGACGGUACUGAUGACGAGCGCGAUGAAUACAUGCCUCUUGAUAGAGAUGAGCUUCUUGAAAUCGAGAAAGAGGCGCUGAAAGGAGCGAGUGAGACCGAACUGGAGAGGGAAGCGCUGCAAGUCGAGCUGCAGGCGUUGCGAGAUCGCGACCGCCUCAUGGAAGCCAAGGUUUACGCCGACCACGAUAAGGCGGACGAUGCGUUCUUGGCACUUGCGCAGAUGGAGUGCUUGGAGCUCUGCACCAAAGUUCACAACGCUUUUCCCCGCGAGAUUCGGGACGCCAUCUACAGCUACAUCACUGGUGAUAAAGACGUCUACAUCGCUUGCGGUGAUUACCCAGGCAGAACCUGGGAUUGUCACUCUCUGGCUUCGGCGUGUUGCAUCGCUGCAAACGUCAAAGCAGCUCGUUGGUGGAAGCCCGAGUACAUGGGGGCGCAGAUGGUACAAGAGAUCGGAGAGAACUACUAUCGCUCCUCUCACUUUAUAUUCGAAUCCACUAUCGCCCGCAUUGUUCCGUUCCGCGCCAUAGACCACCUGGACCUGGGCUUCGCACCGGUGGAUUUCAUUUCGAAUGUGGAGAUCAAGAUCAACUGCCGCAACUACAAGUUUAAGCAGAUUGGCCGCGAAGAUAGCUACAUUCCCGCGGACAUACAUUCAAGAGAUGCAGACUUUGAAUCGGGCUGGGUAACAGAACGUCACAGAGAAAGUCCAAAGCAGCUUUUGGUCGAGCUAGAGUUGCUAUUCGGUUUCAGACAUGGCACUGCGAUCACUAUCGAUCUUUUAUCGAAGCUUUGCGAGGACGCUACUCUACUUGAGCAGCAGGAGUGGAUGGCAUACACUGUCGUUCCGGUCAUCUUCCCAAUUCUCCAGCGACUCAAAGAUGUCGGCUGUCGAGCCCGCAUACUUCUCUCUGCUCAGAAGAGUAUGGAAGUGAACUCAUUCGCGUCUAAGUGGAACCCGAAAUCCCUUGAAGCCAUCACACAAGAUGUCCAGGAGUAUGUCAAAGUUGUACAGGACCGCCUGUCCAAAGCUGAGCUUGACAAGGAGGUGAACGUUGAGUCUGACGAAGAUCCGGAUCCUAGUACAGCGUCAAUAUGGGACGCCACUGCUUUCGCUGGGGAGGAGGUCACGUCUGACAAUGCCGACGAGGCAUAG